AUGAAAAAGACUCAGGCAACGUCGUGUGCUCUUAGCACAGAAGGAAGAGCUUCCUGCAGGCCUUGUGGCCUCCAGAAUUCCCACCGGGCUGGCAACGUGAAGGCAGCAUUUGCUCUAAAGGAGUGGACUCACAGGGCUUCCAGUUCGGCUGCUGGACAGGUGAGGGCCCUGUGCGGGCGUCAGGAUGGGAGGCGGGUCAUCCUGGCCCCCACACAUCCCCCUGCCCCCACCCAGAUCCACCUGUGGACUUCACCAUCCGACUUCCUUGCAAAGUGCUCAGAACUAAAGCAAGUUUUAUUUUUUCACAGCAUUGACAGUGAAUGUGUCAGAAAGGUAAUGGGGCAGCUGUCUUAG